AUGGUGGCUUGGGACAAGGUUUACCGGUCCAAGAAAUUUGGAGGGAUGGGAUUUAGAGAUCUUAAAUUGUUUAAUUUUGUGCUCCUUGGAAAUCAGAUAUGGAGACUGAUACAAGAUGAUAAUUCUUUGGCGUUUAAAGUCCUUAAAGCUAAAUACUUCCCUAACACUUCAUUUUUUGAGGCGAAAAUUGGUGAAAGACAUUCCUAUGCGUGGGCGAGCAUUGUGAAGGCCAAAGAGGCACUUAGGGAUGGCUUUUUCUGGAGAGUGGGAAUUGAUAGUAAUGCUUCUAUGUUCAAAGACAAGUGGGGGGACUCUAAGCCUAUUUCCUGGACGGAAAGGUACGUGGAUAAUUCUGAACAUCCGGUUGGAGUGGGGGAAUUCAUGAUUCUAAGCCUAUUUCCUGGACUCUAA